AUGAUUGCUUCAAAAAAAAAAGAGACCAAGUUUAUCUCUGGCGAUCUCAACGCAUAUGACUUGGACCUGUCUGUAAAUGCAUGGUACUACCUCCCCGCUGCCUACUCAGCCACUAUAUCGUCCACGCUGAUCUUCCUGUUCCACACCCUGUACUUCCUACAGCUGCGCGAGGCAGCCACCGCUCUCAGCGAGCACCUAAACCAGAUGCGCCCGGGCGACACUGAGGGGGUGCGCCGUGCCCAAAAGCUCUGGGUCGGUCUGCGCGCGCUCUACAACGACCACCCCAGCUUUUACCUUCUGGACGUGUUCUACCUAUCGCACCUCUUCAUGAUGAUGCUGUUCUCCGUCUACUUGUGCUUCGCACUACUGUGA